AUGGAAUUUACCAAGAUAUUACUGCUGAUUGUAGCUGAAUGGGCGAUUGGCCUGGCUUUACCUGUGCAGGUCAACAAUAAUGUAUAUGGAGGUAUCAGCAAGCAUCUAGUGCAUGGAGACAUUGUCGUUAAUACUGGCCGGAGUGUGAAGAAUUGCUAUAGUUGCUUCUGGCCGUCAUCCCCGGAUGGAGUGGUUCCUGUCCCUUAUGUUAUUUCCUCAGUAUACUCUAGCAUUCAGAAAUUGCUCAUUACUGAGGGCAUGAAACAAAUUGAACUCAUGAGUUGUGUGACGUUUGUUCAGAGAACAUCACAAUGGGACUAUAUCAGUAUAGAGUCUGGAAGUGGGUGCUGGUCAGAUGUAGCAAGGCAAGGUGGCAAACAAACUGUCAGCCUGAACAAGUCCGGCUGCCUUGGCUCUGGAGUAAUCCAGCAUGAACUGAUGCACUCACUGGGAUUUUACCAUGAGCAUAGCAGGAACGACAGAGAUAAUUACAUUGAAAUCCGGUGGCAGUACAUCGAUGAAGUUAACAAGCACAACUUUAACAUCGAGGACACCAACAACAUGAGCCUUCCGUAUGAUUAUACAUCAGUCAUGCAUUACCAAAAUACUGCUUUCACUAACACCCCUGGUCAAGCUACAGUAGUUGCAAAAAGUGACCCUUCUUUACCACUUGGACAGAAAAUAGGAUUGAGCCACCUGGAUCUGAUCAAACUUAACAAACUUUAUAACUGCAAUGUCUGCCGGGAAAAACUAAUGGAUCUAUCAGGGUCUUUCUCAACUGGCAACAUCUCAUUUGGAAACGAUGGGAGCUGCCUCUGGUUAAUUCAAACUGACUCUUUCAAACUGGCUCACCUACUGCUCAGUAAUGUCAAUAUCCCUGCUUCUGCCGGAUGCUCUGACAGCUAUAUAAAGGUCUACAAUGGGAACAGUAAAUCUGCUGAUGUUCUCUUGGACAAGACUUGUGGAGAUGUAAUAAUCCCACCUCUUAUUUCUGUUGGGUAUAGCAUGCUAAUAGAAUUUGUGAGCAACCAGGCACCAAACCUUAGCACAUUUAGCGGUGUCUAUAAGACAGUUUCUUACGGAGGAACUUUAACCAGCCCUUCUGGAAGAAUCAUCUCUCCAUCCUAUGGCAAGGCAUAUCCCAACAAUAUAGAUGCUGAAUGGUCCAUUAUAGCUCCACCACAGUCUAAAGUGUUUCUGGAAUUCCUUGAUUUUGACCUGCAAGAUUGCUCAGAUUGUUCCUGUGACUCUCUGACUAUAAUUGAUGGCGCCAGCACAACUUCCCCAGUCCUGGGCAAAUACUGCAACACUGAUGUACCCGAGUCUUUAAAAUCUUCUGGAAAUGUGAUGAUAUUGAAGUUUCAGAGUGAUAGCCAGACAAGUUCUAGUGGUUUCUUUUUAUCAUAUUUCUUUGGUAAGGAUUACAAAUGA